AUGGUGGUUGAAUGGGCAUGGCUGCAAGGUUCUUCAUCGUAUCAGUACAGUCCAGUGGAGAUGCAUGGGAAUACCGCAGCAUCAGGAGAGCUGGGAAACCGCUUGCUUUCCAAAACUCCACACCUGAGCAAGAUUUUGGCAAAGCCAACAGUUUGUAGCCCUGCAGGAUUUGCCAAACAUCCAGGACGUGACCUCCUGUUGUGGGACAGACUGAUUCACCUUCCUCACAGAAAUCAGAAAUGGAAUGUAGUGAGCAUAACAGAAAAUUGUUUCUGUAGGAAAAGACACUUCAAAAAUGAUGAUAUCCAGAGGAAUGGACAGCAGCUUCUGCAAUACUUACAUGCUUCAACUUGGACUAGUACAAUUUUACAGCCAGGCCAUACAAAAACAAACUUUCAAAUCAUGUCAAGUGCACAGGAAUACGAAAAAGAAGAAAAAAAGUGUAAAGGGUAUAUACCCAGUUACUUAGACAAGGAUGAGCUAUGUGUAGUAUGUGGGGACAAAGCCACCGGAUACCAUUAUCGCUGCAUCACUUGCGAAGGUUGCAAGGGUUUUUUUAGAAGAACCAUUCAGAAGAACCUCCAUCCAACCUAUUCCUGUAAAUAUGAAGGAAAAUGUGUGAUAGACAAAGUAACAAGAAAUCAAUGCCAGGAAUGUCGCUUCAAAAAAUGUAUCUUUGUUGGCAUGGCAACAGAUUUGGUGUUGGAUGACAGCAAGAGGUUGGCAAAGAGGAAGCUGAUAGAAGAAAAUCGAGAGAAGAGACGUCGGGAAGAGCUGCAGAAAACUAUUGGGCACAAACCAGAGCCAACAGAUGAGGAAUGGGAGCUCAUCAAAAUUGUUACUGAAGCACACGUGGCCACCAAUGCACAAGGAAGCCACUGGAAGCAGAAAAGGAAAUUUCUGCCAGAAGAUAUUGGGCAGGCACCAAUAGUUAAUGCCCCAGAAGGUGGGAAAGUGGAUUUAGAAGCCUUCAGCCAGUUUACAAAAAUUAUCACACCAGCGAUUACAAGAGUGGUGGAUUUUGCCAAAAAGUUGCCUAUGUUUUGUGAGCUGCCAUGUGAAGACCAGAUCAUCCUUCUGAAAGGCUGCUGUAUGGAGAUCAUGUCCCUCCGAGCAGCAGUUCGCUAUGACCCUGAGAGUGAGACUUUAACACUAAAUGGGGAGAUGGCGGUGACAAGGGGCCAGCUGAAAAAUGGGGGUCUUGGCGUAGUGUCUGAUGCCAUUUUUGACCUGGGCAUGUCUCUUUCUUCAUUUAACCUGGAUGACACUGAGGUUGCCCUUCUUCAGGCUGUUCUGCUCAUGUCAUCAGAUCGCCCAGGCCUUGUUUGCGUCGAGAGAAUAGAAAAAUGUCAAGAGGGCUUCCUCCUGGCAUUUGAACACUACAUUAAUUACAGAAAACACCAUGUUGCACACUUUUGGCCAAAACUGCUGAUGAAAGUGACAGACCUGCGAAUGAUCGGAGCCUGCCAUGCCAGCCGCUUCCUGCACAUGAAGGUGGAGUGCCCCACAGAACUGUUCCCUCCGUUGUUCCUGGAAGUGUUUGAGGAUUAG